AUGGAUCUUGAGUUGAAAAUAUAUCCUAGCAAGGACUCGCUGCUGUUUGUUCUAAAUUCGGGUUUACACAUAUCCUCCGUGCAGUCGCAAUCUAUUCUGGCCGAGUUUGAUUUUACUAUUGGGCAAAUUCUUCAGUCAUUCAAUGAUCCAAAUAUAAAGACUGAUUCAUUAUGGCAAAUGUCAAGCGAGCAAACAUGUCAGAUCUCCAAAUUAUCCUUUGGCUCAACUGUCGAUCUUCCGUAUAAACUCAUCCAUCAUGGUUUUGAAUCCCAAGCUGCUAAGCAUUCUGAUUGGACAGCCAUCGAGUUUGAAUCACAAAGUCUUACCUAUGGUCAACUCGAUCACUGUGGAAAUGUUCUUGCUGCUCAGCUUAUAUCCCAAGGAAUUACAAUUGGAACUCGAGUUGCGGUUUUGAUGCACAGAUGUCUUGAGUUUACCGUUUCUAUGCUUGCUAUUCUCAAGGCAGGAGCCACUAUCGUUGCGAUUGAUUCCAAACUUCCCAUCAAACGUAUUUUAUUUACCCUUAAAGAUGCCAAUGUCAAUACUGUACUUUCCACUUGUUCACAGGAUAUCCAUAUUGCAAAUGGUGUUCAGACUAUAACCAUUGAUUUACCAUCGUUGUUGUCUGCCAAAACUCCUUUACGAUCCACACUUUCUGUGCCGACCGUGUCAACUUCAUCUCCCUAUAUCAUUAUUUACACAUCAGGAUCAACUGGCACGCCAAAAGGUGUUGCUAUAUCUCAUUGUGGUGUCAUCAAUAUUGUUGCUUUACAAGCCAGUCGCUUUGGUGCGCUUCCCAAAUUCCGCGUCGCGCAGUUUAUGGCGAUUGGAUUCGAUGGCUGCCAAUGGGAAACCUGGUCUGCUUUAAACAAUGGCUCUACACUAGUACUAAGAAAAAAUGAUGUAUUUAGCACUGUAUCUGAUUUGGAUUCACUGUUCAUCACUCCUACCGGUCUGGCUCAAUUGGGCAGUCCACAAGACUAUCCUCGAUUAAAGCAUGUCAAUAUUGGCGGUGAAGCUUGUUCUCAAACA